UCAUCGACGUCCGAUAACGACACAUCGCCUGUAACACCCAUACAAACGCCACAUCGUAAUGUGAUUGUACGCAAUGAGAAUGUUCGUAAAAAGAAGGAACUGGUCAAGGAUGAAGCUUACUGGGAGAGGAGGCGUAAAAAUAAUGAUGCGGCAAAGCGAAGUCGCGAUUCGAGACGUCAAAAGGAGGAUGAGAUGGCGGUCCGUGCGGCCGUUCUUGAGCAAGAGAAUCUGCGGCUACGACUUGAAGUCGAGCAACUUCGUGCCGAAACCGAACGUCUACGUGUCCUAAUGCUAUCGCCAAGCAUUCUUCCAGCUCCCACUCCGAUCCUCACCACUCAAUCCACUAUUAUUCAUACACCGCAACCGGUUAUUGUCGCUGCACCAUCGUCCACAACCACCAAUUUAUCACCGUCAACUCGGCCGCAAAGCCCCACUCCUAUCCAGGCGCCCCUUUCAAUAACUUUGCCUGCCUCGAGUCCUCCAACACAACAGCAACAAGCACUAUUUGCACAAUAA